CCGGCGCUGUGAUCGCGGCGAUGGACGAGCCCUGGUGGGACGGACGCGUCGCCUCGGACGUGCACUGCACCCUGCGCCAGAAGGAACAAAAGUUGCCUAAUUUCCGGGCCCACUCCCCACUCCUUAAGAAUCGUCGGUUCCUUGUGGACAUCGUGACCCUGCUGAGCAGCCACUGCCAGCUCUGCCCUGCAGCCCGGCAUCUGGCCAUGUACCUGCUGGACCACUUCCUGGACGGCUCCAACAUCACCACCUCCAAGCAGCUCUACACAGUAGCCAUCUCCUGCCUCCUGCUUGCAAGUAAAUUCGAGGAUAGGGAGGACCACGUGCCCAAGCUGGAACAGAUCAACAGUAUGCGGAUCCUGAGCAAUCACCACUUCAGCCUCACCAAGCAGGAGCUGCUGAGCACGGAGCUGUUGAUUCUUCAGGCGUUCAGCUGGAACCUCUGCCUGCCCACGCCUGCACACUUCCUGGACUACUACCUUUUGGCCUCCGUCAGCCAGAAGGACCACCACUGCCACAGCUGGCCCACUGCCUGUCCCCGAAAGGCCAAAGAGUGCCUCAGAGAGUAUGCCCACUACUUCCUGGAGGUCACCUUGCAAGACCAUAUUUUCUACAAAUUCCAGCCUUCUGUGGUUGCUGCAGCUUGCGUUGGGGCCUCUAGGAUUUGCCUUCAGCUUUUCCCCUACUGGACCAGAGACCUUCAGAGGAUCUCAAGCUACUCCCUAGAACAUCUCAGCGCAUGCCUUGAAAUCCUGCUGGUGGCAUAUGACAACAUCCUCAAGGAUGCCGUUGCCAUCAAGAGCCAAGCCUUGGCGAUGGUGCCCGGCACCCCUCCAGCUCACUCACAGGUGCUAUUCCAGUCUCCUGCUUUCCCUGCCAUUGGCCAGCAGGCACCCUCAGGCUUGCCACCGUUUCAGGCCUUGGGCCAGGACCUAUGCUUGACCUAUCAGGAUUCACUACAGGCCCACGGUUCUGGGAACUUGUUCUUGGGGGGCACCAGCUCAUCCCUCCAUACCCCAUACCCCACCCUUCAGCCCCUGGACAUGUGUCCCGUGCCCCUGCCUCCAUCCCUUCGCAUACAGAUGGCCAUGGCUACUGAGAACAGGCACUGCCUUGCCACAUCCUAUGGAAGCAGCUACUUCAGUGGGGGCCACACGUUCCCCACAGGCUGUUGUGACAAGUAAGGACCCCUUGGGAGGCCUUGGAGAGCAGGACAGAGGAAGAAGACACUGGUGACGGAGCCUCUUGGAGCCAGAGGACUUUGCAGAGCCUCUUAGCCCUUGGACAGAGAGGGAUUGUGCUUUUUCAUAACCAGACUCGUGCAGAGCAAAACAGUAUCAGACAC